CUAUAACGCCUGCAUCGCUUCUAGGCUUUGCAGACCUGCGAAGGUAUUCUGCGAGUUUAACGUUGUGCAAUGGAUGGAGGCCUACGACACGGAGCAAUGUCCAUGCAGGUCUCGACUCGGACAUGCGCAGCAAUGCUUCGAUCGAACCGCUCCAAAGCGAGGGUUGUAAUCACGUUGGUCUCGUCGAUCACGGACAACCCACAUCUCCAGGGCAUCAUCAACUCUGGACUGAACCAUAUCCCAUGCAUGACCCUGGACGUGGACGAGGCGGARAACGAGGUGGGCGGAUUUCUGGACAGACUCAUGGCGAUGGUACUGGAACUACGCGAGCUCACAGCGUCCACCCAGUCAUUUCUACGGAGGAUAAUCUUGAAGAAGGCGAGAGCGAGGAUGACGAAAUACAGGGAGCAGCACAGGCACGUGACCGCGGACCCAUUCGAGCAUCCAGCCGUCAAGCGGGAACUGGUGUUCCUCACCGGAAGCUUCCUCAUUUGUCCGACGGAUAAAGCCCCGAAUGCUCCGGCCUUUGUAUGCAAGAACUUCAUACGGAAGCUCGCCUUUCAGAGGUUGUCUGGACCUGAGUUCGCGAGCAUCGUCGCCCCCCUUGCAGCAGUCAUCUCACGAAUACAGUGCGAGCUUUCAGCUAUGCCCACGCUGCCGACUGCACCAGCGACACUCCCGUACCUGAUGACGGUGUUCAAGGCGCAUAAGGGUAUAUUCCGCUGGAUCAUGAACACAGCCAAGACGGUUGUUUCCCCGGAAGCAGACCUUUGCGCUUGUCUGCUUCGGUUUCUCCUCCCCCUGGUGCAAACGUUCUGUCAGAAGAAAAGAUGGGAGUUGGCGGAACGAUAUGGGGUGAAGGCGAACCUAUGGUGGUCAGUAACCUCAGUGGGAGAGUUUUGUGUGAACCUGUCAGAGAAGAUCUAUUCCAUCUUUACGGUGGACAUCACUAGAUGCUUUGAGACGAUUCCCACAGACAGCUCGGAGGAUAGCCUACGGGUAUUGGUGAGAUUCUACGUGAAGAGUACGAUGCAGGUGCGAAGAGAGAGGAGCUCGAGCCAUGCCAAUCGAAUCAAGGUAGGGGCGGAUGGCAAGUUGUGGCCAUCGUGGGUGGAUGGCGAUCAGGCGAAGGGUAUGGGGUCUAUGUUGUUCAGGGAGGAGGAUGUCUGCUGGCUCACGGAGUGGUGCAUCGCCAACAGCGUGUUACGCAUGGGGGAGUAUCAUGUGUGGAGGAAGGUCAGGGGCUUCCCCAUGGGCUUGGCCUGCUACCCGAUCUCGUGCGAUAUCUAUUUUUUUACUAGGUAGCAUGGGUUAUCUGGCUGGAUAAUCUGGUCGGAUUAUCUGGCCGGAUGAUCGGGGGGUAGGAUCAUCUGGAAAUC